AAUUAAAUAAAGCAUAGAAUUGGAAGAAACAGAACAACUAGAGCUUCACUUGAUGGCUUUAUGCCGAUCUCUCAAUUCCCCAUUUCAUCGUGCUUCACCUCUCUUCCGUAACUGCCCCUCCAAACUCCCCAAAUUUACACCCAUAUCCCUCCCAUCUCUGCGUUCUUCUCUCUCAUCAUCAGCCAUGGACACCCCGCCAGAAGGUUACAGAAGAAAUGUGGGGAUUUGUCUUAUCAAUCCCUCAAAAAAAAUUUUUGCUGCUUCAAGGCUCGAUAUCCCGGAUGCUUGGCAAAUGCCUCAGGGUGGAAUUGAUGAAAAUGAGGAUCCUAGAAAUGCUGUCAUUAGGGAAUUGGAAGAAGAAACUGGAGUCACUUCAGCUGAUAUUGUUGCCGAGGCACCAUUUUGGUUGACAUAUGAUUUCCCACCAGAGGUGAGGCAAAAGCUCAAGCUGCAAUGGGGUUCAGACUGGAAGGGUCAAGCACAAAAAUGGUUUCUGUUGAAAUUCAACGGGAAGGACGAGGAGGUCAACCUCUUGGGCAAUGGAACUGAAAAGCCUGAGUUUGGACAGUGGUCAUGGAUGUCUCCGCAGGAGAUAGUCAACCAUGCGGUGGAUUUCAAGAAGCCUGUGUACGAACAAGUCAUGAAAGCUUUCUCUCCAUAUCUUGAGUAGAUAAUUGAGUUCAUGUUGUUUCCGAAAGCCCAGUCUGUAAGAUGCUACUGCUCCCAACAAUAACAUCCUAGGACGACAUUAAUUCUGUUGAAAUUGCAUUUUUUUUGGUUCUGUUGCA